AUGUACGACCGACCGGCCGACAACGCGUUCGUUCGUUGCAGCUGUUGGAACUGCAGUGAAUCGAUCGUCGAGAAAGACGCUAGGAAAUUGCGUCUCAGUCAGAUCUUCGCCAACAACCUCAGUGAACAUCCGCUUCUUUUCGCCGUAUCUUAUGGACAACUCACUUCC